UGUGUAUAUAUAUAUAACCACAUCAUGCACUCACAAAAAUAUAUUCAUAAGUUAAAAGAAAAAGAAGAAGCAUAUACUAGUAUUACUUUAAUAUUUCUGUUCAUUUUUUUUUCUUUCUCUAAGUUGAUAAACUCACAUUUUGCUUUCCAAAAUGAAUUCCAAGAAAACAAAAGGAAAGCAAAAGAUAAAUAUAAAGAGAAUUGAGAGAGAGGAAGAGAGAUUGGUCACAUUGUCAAAGCGAAAAAAUGGUAUUUACACUAAGCUCUGUGAGCUCUCUGUUCUCUGCGACGUUAACGUUGCAUUUCUCGGGUACACCGGCUCUGGAAAGCCAUAUACAUUUGGCAGUCCAUCGUUCCAUGCCGUUGCAGAACGGUUUCUCAAUGGUGAAGCCUCAUUGUCGUCUUCUUUGCAACGAUCGGAUGAUGCUGAUUAUAAAGCAAAGAUUCAAGAGCUUUGCGAAUUGUACAACAAUAUGGUAGAGCAGACACGUGCUGAGGAAGCGAAAGCGACGAAGGCAGCUGCAUCUGUGGAGCCGUUGCCAGAAGAUGUGUGGUGGAAAGUGCCUCUGGUAGAGAUGAAGGAUCAAGAAGAAAAGAAGCAGUUACUGGAGAAGUUUGAAGGGCUUUAUGAGAAGUUGUGUGAUGAACUUACUGCAAGGAAUCAAAGCCAAAGAUACUGCAGAAAAUGA